CUUUCGAAAGUGGAGGAUAGCGCCUAAGACUUGUUCAAUUCCAACCACAGAAGGAAAGGAAGGAAACUUGUGUGAGACAGCUUUACCGAUGGCGGUGACACUACUGGCUGUCGUGCUGAUUGGCGUGUGCGCCGCCUCGGCCGACCGGGACCUCGGCAGCUUCGUGGCUGGACGCCCCACCAACCAUGGGGUUCCGGGCGUUCAGACCUUCGGAGGCGUGCCCUCCUUCCAGCGGCCGCAAGUAGACCCGCGGCCCCCAAGCUUCCAGCGGCCGCAGGUGGACCCACGGCCACCAAGCUACCAACUGCCGCAGGUGGACCCGCGACCCCCGAGCUUCCAGCGGCCGCAAGUAGACCCACGACCCCCGAGCUUCCAAAUACCGCAGGUGGACCCGCGGCCACCAAGCUUCCAAUUGCCGCAAGUGGACCCGCGACCCCCGAGCUUCCAGCGGCCGCAGGUGGACCCACGACCCCCAGGGUUCACUGUGUAUGGGUGAUUCGUCAUCAACGGCCUCAAAAGAUCAUUCGCAAGCAUGCCUUUCCUCUGUAAUUUCCUAUAGCAUUAAAAACUGAACUCGG